AAUAAAAACAAAGUGCGGUGUGGUUUUCUCGGUUUUCUGAAGGAAAUUGUAAAAUUGGUGUCGAAAAUUCUACCAGGAAAACAAUGAAACGGUCAUACCCGAAGGAUCCGGGUGCUGGUGGUUCCAACGGGCAAUCGAUUUCCGAGAACGGUAACGGAGUGACCGGAUUUAAGCAACCCCCGAAUGCACGGCUCAUUAAUUUACAUCGACAGGGUUUGCCAAUUUACAACGUUCGCAAGCAAAUAGUGGAUAAGGUAAAGCGACACCAGACGCUGAUUCUGCUCAGUGAUACCGGUUCCGGUAAGAGCACACAGAUUCCUCAGUAUCUUUAUGAAGAUGGUGUCCAUCAGGAUAAGAUGAUUGCUGUAACGCAACCCCGGCGGGUUGCGGCAAUUACCGUUGCCAAAAGGGUAGCACAGGAACAGGGAGGAACGGUCGGGGACGUUGUUGGAUAUGCGGUUCGUUUCGAGGAUGUUACGUCAGAAAACACUCAGAUUAAAUUUAUGACGGAUGGUAUAUUGUUCCGAGAGGCUUUGUCGGAUCAGUUGCUCAAAAACUACAGUAUAAUAAUACUGGAUGAGGCGCACGAAAGGACAAUUGCCACUGAUGUUCUGUUUGGAAUAGUUAAAAAAGCACAGCAAAUACGAAGGACAAAGCUACUGGAGCCGCUGAAGGUCGUCGUUAUGUCUGCCACAAUGGAUGUGGACCAUUUUGCGCAAUAUUUUAACAACUGUCCACCACUCUAUCUGCGGGGAAGCAAUUUUACGGUGAAAGUGUUCCAAUGUUUGGACAAUAUCAACUACUUGGAGGCGUGUGUCACGACAAUAUUUCAAAUUCACGAAAAGCAAAAUGACGGCGGAGAUAUUUUGGUUUUCCUUACGGGUCAGGAGGAAAUUGAAUCAAUGGCUAGUUUAGUACGGAGGUUAGCUAAAACAAUCUACCAACGCGAUCAUCUACGGUUGGUUGUAUAUCCGAUGUAUGCGGCUAUGACUCAGAACAGUCAAAUGGAUGCAUUCCUUCCGGCUCCACCAUUCACACGGAAAGUCAUUCUGGCUACCAAUAUUGCCGAAACUUCUAUCACCAUACCAGGUAUCAAAUAUGUCAUCGAUUGCGGCAAAUCAAAGGUACGUGCUUUUGAUUCUCUUACGGGAAUCGACACCCUCAAAGUGACAUGGAUAUCUAAGGCACAAGCGUGGCAACGGACCGGACGGGCAGGUCGCAUGGAAGACGGUGAAUGUUACCGAGUUUACACUUCCGAAGAGUUUCAAGCCAUGGAAGCGAACAGUAAACCGGAGAUUCUGCGUUGCAAUAUUACGGCAUCUGUUCUACAGUUACUGGCUUUGGGCAUCGACAGUCGCCAGUUUGAUUUCCUCGAUAAACCACCGGCGGAUGCUAUCGACUGUGCACUUCAGGAGCUUAAAGAACUCGGUGCAAUUCUGUCCGUUGAAACGCCAGCACUUACUACAAUCGGUUGGAAAAUGUCUAAGCUUCCACUGGACCCAAAGUAUUCCAAACUGCUACUCAGUGCUUCGGAGUUUGGUUGCCUUGAGGAAAUCCUGUCCAUCGUAGCUAUGCUUUCCAGUGAAAAUAUAUUCCUUAACAAUAACCAAAAGCGUGACCAGUUAUUAACCGUCCACGCAAAGUUUCAUGCCAAAUGCGGAGAUCAUCUGACCUUGUUGAAUGUUUUCAACGAAUAUCGAACGAAGGACAAGCCAAAACGUUGGUGCUUCGAUAAUUUCCUGCUCGAACGAAACCUCAGUCACGCCGCUGCUGUCCGGCAGCAGCUGGUCGACAUUUGCCAAAGCUUAAAUCUUCAGUCAAGCACUUGCCAUAACGAUCCGGUUCCGAUUGUGAAAUGUCUUCUCGGUGGGUUGUACAAAAACGUGGCCGAACUGCAGCGGGACAACAGCUACCUGACGCUGUCCAGUCGGACUCGGUGCCGUAUUCAUCCGUCUAGUGUGCUCGCCGGGCGGGCUAGGCCUGGCUAUGUACUCUUUACGGAACUGGUGCAAACGGGUAAUAGUUAUCUGCGAACGGUUAGCGAGCUGGAACCGGAAUGGAUCGGCGAGGUGGUGCCGCACUGUGCAUUCCUAGAUCGGAUAACGUGCGGCGGCAAUCGAGGUAGCAGUAGCAGCUAUACCACCAGCUAUCAUGGGAUACGUUGAUGAGUUUAUGCCAUGUGUGAUAAAAGUUCCCGACUAUCGGAAGUGGGUGGUGUAUUUAAAAAAUGCAUUUAAUGCGUAAAUGCCGAAGCAAUGCAAUGUGCGCGGAACAAACGCCCAAACUAAGAUAUUUUUAAACAUGUGUUUGUAUUCAUGUUAUAAACU